UUGAAUCCUAUCAUUGAUUUAGAUGCGAAUACAAACGAAGAACCACUAACAAAUGAAGCAACACCGACAAAUGAAUUUGGGAAUGAAGAGAAUGUCGAGAACAACGGCGUUAUUCAAAAGGCGAAGAGAAAGAAAACUUCUCCAGUUUGGGAUCACUUCAAAGAAGUGAAGUUAAGGGAUGGAACGAAAAAAAUGGCAAUGUUUACAUUGUAAAAGAACUUAUGUUGUUGUUGCGAGUGGGUCAACUAGUCAUUUGAAGAGACAUUUAAGAGAAGUAUGUCUUAUUUACAAGAAGCUAGCAGCACAACAACAAAAAUUAAACUUGAAGCCAACACAAAGCAUGAUUGAUGAGAAGCUUUCCGGACCACUACUUAUGAAUCUAAGUGCUAAGUAUGAUCAUGAGAGACAACGAGAAGCCAUUGCACAUUGGGUUAUGAUGCAUGAACAUCCAUUUAGUAUUGUUGAGGAAGAAGGUUUUCUUUUCAUGAUGAAAUGUUCUAAUUUUUCAUAUGAGGAAAUUAGUCGAAAAACAUUGAAGAAUGAGUGUGUUGCUGUCUAUGAAUCUGAAAGGAAGAAAUUAAAGUCAACUUUGAGGAUAGUUAAUAAGAUUUGCUUGACCACUGAUUUAUGGAAGUCACAAAAUCAAAAGAUAGAAUACAUGGUGCUAACUGGCCAUUUCAUUGAUGCUGAUUGGGUUUUGCAAAAGCGCGUUCUCGGUUUUGUUCAUGUUCCUCCUCCUCGACAUGGUGUUGAUAUUGCUGAUGCAAUCUUCAAAUGUCUCAAAGAAUGGGGCAUUGAAAAUAAAAUAUUUAGUGUGUCUGUGGAUAAUGCAUACUACAAUGACAGAUGUUUGAAAGAGCUAAAAGUUCUACUUUCAAGGCACCAAAAAUUAGUGUUGGAUGGAAAGUUGUUUCAUGUCCGCUGUUGUGCCCAUAUACUAAACUUGCUUGUCGAAGAUGGUAUUGGAAGAAUCAGAGAAAUAGUUGAAAAAGUGCAUGACAGUGUGAGGUUUAUCAAUCAGUCUGAAGCAAGAUUGCGAACGUUCUCGGAAAUAGUUCAACAACUAAAGCUUGGUGGUAAAAAAUUAAUUCUUGACUGCCCUACUCGAUGGAACUCCACAUAUCAAAUGUUGUCAGUUGCAAUGCAGUUCAAAGAAGCUUUUCCACAUUUUCAAGAUCGAGAACCAAGUUAUACAACUCUUUCAGAUGAAGAUGAUUGGGAAAAAGUUGAAAAAGUUUGCAAGCUGCUAGAGGUAUUUAAUUUUGUUACACAUAUAAUUUAUGGUAGUGAAUAUCCAACUUCAAAUUUAUAUCUUACUGAGGUAUUUCAAAUCAAGCAAUUGUUAGAUCAAGCUGUUCAAGAUGAGUCUAACUUCAUGAAAGACAUGGCAAACGCGAUGAAGGAAAAAUUUGACAAGUAUUGGAGUCAGUGUAAUCUUGUUAUGUCCCUUGCUUCUGUUUUGGACCCUAGGAUCAAAAUGAUGGGAGUAAACAUGUGCUUUCCUUUAAUUUACCCCGGAGAUGAAGCUAGAAAAAAUAUAGAAAAGGUGCACAAGGCUCUUAAUGAUAUGUACCUAGAGUAUGUUGAUAGGCUUCAUGAGCAUAGAGAAGAAGGCUCUAGUAGAACUAGUGCUGGUCAAAAUGGGCUGACAUUGGAGCCAACAAGACCCACAAGGUGGUCAAAGUUAAUGAAUUAUGUCCAAGAACAACAAGCAAUUCCUGCUGUAAAAUCUGAAGUUCAAGAGUAUUUGAAUGAGCCAACUUACAAGCCUAACAAUAAUGGUCAUAUGUCCUUUUGUGCUUUGGAAUGGUGGAAGUUGAAUAGCGGAAAAUAUAAAGUAUUAUCUCAUAUGGCAACAGAUGUUCUUGCUAUUUCAAUAUCUACUGUGGCUUCAGAGUCAACUUUUAGCGCCGGGGGGAGAGUUAUUGACUAUUCCGAGCUUCUCUACAUUCUUCUACCGUUGAAACUUUAAUUUGUGGUGGUGAUUGGCUUCGAGUAUUGCAUGGGAUUAGGAACAAGCCUAAAGUGGAGCAGGUUCCGACAGAAAUCACAUUAUUCCCUUGAUGUUAAGUAGGAUGUUGAUCCACUUUCUCAUUUGUUGUUCAGAAUUGUUGCUGUUUUAGAGUUCGCAUCAUGUUUGAAGUUUGUUUCUUUCUAAAUGAGUAAAGAUUAAGUUGAAGGUUGUGGCAAAAGUGGCUGAAUACAAUUUUGUCUUUAAGGGGAGAGCAAUUGGAGUUUGGAAGUAGAAGAAUAUUAUGAAUUAUGUUCUCGGCUAA